GGUUAAAUCCCUUGGUUUUCUGAAGUAUGUAGUCUUAGCAAACAAACAAUACCAGUGAGGACUCCUGAUCUAACUUGACCUGUCUGCAGCUAGCCGCUGGACCCGACUGCAGACCAAAGUCAAAGUGCAGAGAUCUUCUGCCCUGCUGCUUUUCCUUUUCAUCCGGACAGCCCACUGCCCCUCUGCCGCCCCCUCCUCCCCCGCCCCGGGACUUCCUGACUCUGAGACCUCCCCACCCUGCGCCCUGCAGCUAUUUGACGCCAGAGCACAAGCUCUUCCUUUUCUAAGUUCUGCUAGUUGCCGGCCUGAACCUGGGGUCCUGGGCUCACCAUCAUGGAUCCACUGCUGGAAGCAAAUGGCACCUUUGCCUUAAACCUUUUGAAAACACUGGGUGAAGACAGCUCAAAAAAUGUACUUUUCUCACCCAUGAGCAUCUCCUCAGCCCUGGCCAUGGUCUUCAUGGGGGCAAAAGGAACGACUGCAAGCCAGAUGAUUCAGGCACUUUCUUUGGAUAAAUGCAACAACAAAGGAGGUAGAGACGUCCACCAGGGCUUCCAGUCCCUUCUCACCGAAGUGAACAAGACUGGCACACAGUACUUGCUCAGAACAGCCAAUAGACUCUACGGGGAAAAGACUUUUGAUAUUCUACCUUCUUUUAAGGAUUCCUGCCGCAAGUUCUACGAAGCAGAGAUGGAAGAACUGGACUUUCAGGGUGCUACAGAGCAGUCCCGACAGCACAUCAACACCUGGGUAGCCAAAAAGACAGAAGAUAAAAUUACAGAGUUGCUAUCUUCAGGUUCAGUCAGUUCAAACACUCCACUGGUCCUUGUGAAUGCCAUCUACUUCAAAGGAAACUGGCAGAAGCAGUUUAACAAAGAGGACACUCAAGAAAUGCCUUUCAAAAUCACGAAGAAUGAGGAGAAACCUGUCCAAAUGAUGUUUCAGAAGUCUACCUUUAAGAUGACUUAUGUGGAAGAGAUAUCCACUACCAUUCUGUUGCUUCCCUAUGUUGACAAUGAGCUGAACAUGAUCAUCAUGCUUCCAGAUGAACACGUUGAACUGAGUACGGUGGAAAAGGAAAUAACUUACAAGAAAUUCAUAAAGUGGACAAGACUGAACAAGAUGGAAGAAGAAGAGGUGGAGGUUUUCCUCCCAAGGUUUAAACUGGAGGAGAACUAUGACAUGAAGGAUGUCCUUUGCAAGCUGGGCAUGUCUGAUGCCUUUGAGCAGGACAUAGCAGACUUUUCUGGAAUAGCAUCUAAAGAAGGCUUGUUUUUGUCCAAGAUCAUUCACAAGUCCAUUGUAGAGGUCAAUGAGGAGGGCACAGAGGCUGCAGCUGCCACCGCAGCCAAUGUAGCUUUUAGGUGUAUGGUCCCCCACUUCUGUGCCAAUCACCCUUUCCUUUUCUUCAUCCAGCACUGCAGGACCAAUGGGAUUGUGUUCUGUGGCCGGUUCUCCUCCCCAUGAGAAAUGAUGCUGUGCUGUCAGCCCACUGCCUUUUUCCACUCUCUUUCUCAUGAUUCGUCUGUGGAUCAGUAAAUGUUGUGACAAUUUGUGCUUGGUAGCACACACCUGUAAAGACAACCCUUAGCAGAUGGAGGUGAAAGAAUCAGACAUCAAGCAGGGCUAGCCUCGGCUACAUAGCAAGUUCAAAGCAAGCCUGGGCUAUCCUAGACCAUUAAACACAAAACCAAAUCAAAUCAAAACAAUAGAAAAAGAAAAGAAUAUACCCACAUCUGGAUGCUUAUAAAAAAGGAAGUAUUUAGUUUACAGUUCUGGAAGCUGCAGAACACAGUUGUGGCUUCUCUACAGCUCUAGGGAAAAUGACUUCACAAAAACAUAGUCAUGAUAGAGUGUUGAGCAGUAUGUGAAGUUAAGAUUCCUUAUGAAUAAGCCACUCUUACAGGGCUUAAUCUAACCCCUUGAUCCCUACAUUAACCCUUUCCUAGACUGUAACCUUCAAGAUUAAAGUAACUUUAGGGCCACAUGGAAGAGUGUACUGUUAUGUUGUGAACCAUUAUGAGAUAAACUUCAUCCUCUCUGCAGCAAUCCUGA